CAGAGACACUGCGUCUCCCAAGUGGCCGUUGAUUGUGAGAGUCCGCGAAUUGCUUGUCUGACUCGACGCGGCAUAUUAUCUCCUGCGCCCUGUGCAAACAGACUCGAAACUCCACUUUUCCCAUCACCACCUCUCACCACCUCUAAGCUCUUAUUCCCCGCACUCGCGCUUUCGCCGAACGAUGCACCUUGUCUCCGGUUCCCAGAUGGACAGACCCACCAACUGCUGCUGAAUCUCCUAAAACAGCCCAGAGCCGUCUCAAGCCAGUCCUCAAGUCCGGGUAUCUGCCCGGCUGCCAUGUCCAGCCAUGGAAGCUGAUUGGGAUGAAUUGUCGCGCAUUCCCGUGCCGCCUUCAAGCCCGCACGGGUUGCCGACGAUCGCAACCACGAUAGCCUUUGACGAUGUGAUGGAACUUUUGUGGGCUGGAAACGAAUAUGGCCGCAUCACCUCCUUCUACGGUCCCGAAAUGCAGAGGUAUACCUCUGUUCGGGCACACCCUGUGUCCGAAGGCGCAGUGCGACAGAUUCUUUUCCACGAGAGAGGCGUAUUAUCGAUCUCCCCGAAGAGCGUCCACAUGAUCACCAGACGUGGCCUGACGCAGUGGCACAUCGACCACGAGGAAAUGACCGACCUUCGCUGCAUGAGUUUCACGGCCCAGACGAACCGGAUUAUAGUGGCAGGAUGCCAGAAAGUGAUGUUUACGAUAGACAUCGAUAAAGGUAUCAUCAUCGACCAGCUGCCGACGGAUUACAACUACACCAUGAUGAAGAAGAGUCGGUAUCUCUGUGCGGCAACAGACACCGGCUCCGUCAACGCGUUGAGUUUACACGACUUUAGUGUCGUGAAGUCGUGGAAAGCACACGGCACCGCGGUCAACGACAUGGAUGCGCGGAACGACUUGCUGGUCACCUGUGGAUUCUCAGUGAGACACCUUGGGGCGCCGAUUGUGGAUCCACUCGCCAAUGUCUACGACCUGAAAACCCUCUCCCCGCUACCUCCGAUUCCCUUUCACGCGGGCGCCGCGUAUGUGCGCAUGCAUCCGAAAUUGCACACGACGAGCUUUGUGGCCUCCCAGACAGGUCAGCUUCAGGUAGUGGACUUGAUGAAUCCGAAUGCGAUCAACCUCCGCCAGGCAAAUGUUUCUUUCAUGCUGGGUAUCGACCUAUCGCCUUCUGGUGAAGCUCUGGCCAUUAAUGAUGCGGAGUGCCAAAUCCAUCUCUGGGGAUCCCCGGCCAAAGUGCAUUUUAACGAAAUGAGCAAGGAAGCCGAAUUCGCCGAUGUUACACCGCGGCCGCCGCCUGUCGACUGGUCUGGGGAAACGCCCCUCAACAUGGUCGGGAUGCCGUAUUACCACGACCGGUUGUUCUCAGCAUGGCCGAGUCAUUUGAUCUUCGAGGUCGGUAGUCCCCCGGCUCCCGUUGAUCAGGCUUUGCUCCCCUAUCUACGCCCGGCUGAAAUCGGCCAUUAUGCGGCCAACCCAAAGAAAACGCGGCGGUAUCAAGUGGAGAAUACCCGAGCGUUGACUACUGCAGACACUGCUCUAAUUGCACCCAAAUUUUUGAGUGAGAAAGCCAGGGAGCAGAGCAAGGUCAAGUCCGAUGGUUCCGUUAGCGACACGACCGAGGCCUUGGCUGGUGCGAAGCUCAACGGGGAAGCCGAAGAUGAUCCGCUUCUGAAAUACAGCAAUGUUGAAAUCAAAUACAGUCGGUUUGGGGUCGAUGAUUUCGACUUCCGGUUCUACAAUCAGACGACCUUCUCUGGUCUCGAAACACAUAUCGCGAAUUCCUUCACUAACGCUCUCCUCCAACUUUUCAAAUUCAUUCCGAUGAUCCGGAACGUUGCUCUUCACCAUGCCGCCAGCUCCUGCAUCUUUGAGAGCUGUCUUCUCUGCGAGAUGGGUUAUCUUUUUGACAUGCUUGAGAAAGCCAACGGCCAGAAUUGCCAGGCAACAAAUUUGCUGAAGACAUUUAGUAGCUCUCGUGAAGCAUCUAGCUUGGGCUUAUUUGAGGAGAACCUGACAAACAAAUCUCUUUCCACGGCCAUCCAAGCAGUCAACAGAUUCUUUUUGACACAAAUCUCCCACGACCAUCGGAUGAUCUUACCCAGCUCGGAUGAACUCGACCAGCGGCUCAACACUGUCGCUUCUGAAACUAUACGCUGCAUGUGCUGCCAGAAUGACAUCGUCCGUCCGGGUAACACGCUGGUCAACGAGCUGGUGUAUCCCGCCAUUGACCCCAAGCAACUCCGCCGGAAUCCUGCCUUCCGCUUCUCUAACAUAUUACGGGCCAGCAUAGAACGCGAAACACAAAAUAGAGGAUGGUGCAAUUUGUGUCGACGAUAUCAACAAUCAAAGAUCCGGAAAAGCAUACACCGCAUGCCUCAGGUUCUGAUGCUCAACGCAGCACUCAGUAAUCCAAUCUGUCGCCGACUCUGGGCGAUCCCAGGCUGGUUGCCCGAAGAGAUUGGAAUAGUCGUCGAGAACGGCACGACUUUAUGCUUUGAAGGUGACGAGCUCAAGUUACGACUCCAAUCCAAGAUGCCUGGACUUGUGAUCUAUGAAUUAGUGGGCUUGGUCUGCGAGAUCGACAUCCCUGAGCAUCAGAAGGCUCACCUAGUAUCCUUCAUAAAUGUCUCCAUCUCUUCUCCUGAACCAGACCCCACGAAUAAGUGGCAUUUGUUCAAUGAUUUCCUGGUAACAGAAGUUGAUAAGGAUGAAGCCCUACGAUUCAAUCAACCAUGGAAAAUACCAUGUGUUCUGGCUUUCCAGGUUAAGGACGGACGUCAUUCCAUGGACGAUUCGUGGAAGAAAUCGCUCGAUACCACCCUCUUGUUCCGUGACUGGUCUAUGAAUGGCGGCCAUGCCGUGGAAUCGCGCGUGACACUCACCGAAGAGGAAAAGCCUUCUCCAGGCACGCCCGUGGCUCUGGAUACUGAGUUUGUCGACCUCGAAAAGGCGGAAAUCGACGUCAAGGCAGACGGUUCCCAAGAGAUGGUACGGCCAAGCAAGAGUGGCCUUGCUCGUGUGUCUGUUCUCCGAGGUGCGGGGCUUCGCGAGGGUGUCCCGUUCAUCGAUGAUUAUAUCACCAUCAAAGAUCCUAUUGUGGACUACGUUACGCAGUAUUCUGGUAUCAAGCCAGGUGAUCUGGACCCCAGGACUAGUCCACACAAUCUGGUUCCCCUGAAAGUGGCCUAUAAGAAGCUUUGGUUGCUUCUUAACCUGGGCUGUGUGUUUGUUGGCCACGGCCUGGCCUCCGAUUUUCGGAAGGUCAAUAUCCAGGUUCCCAAGAGUCAGACGGUGGAUACCCAAUAUCUAUUCUUCCAUCCUGGAAAGAACCGCCGUCUCAGUCUACGAUACCUCGCGUGGGCUGUGUUUAAGGAAUUCAUUCAAGAGGAGUCUACCGACAACAAUCAAGGACACGAUUCAAUCGAGGACGCGCGGAUGGCGCUACGUCUUUGGAAGAAGUUCAAGGAGUACGAAGACGCCGGGGUUGUAUCUCAGAUUCUGGAGGAGAUCUUCCGCGAAGGAUCCAAGCUUGGCUUCAGACCCCCACCCAGGAAUGGAACCACUACUGUCCUUUCUCGCCCGGGCACUGCAGUGACUAUGCAGAAUGGCAGCGGUCGCAAUACCCCGAGCACUCCUGAUGUAGGGGCUCCUGUCGGCAGCGCACCGGCAACCCCCCGACAAGCGUUUCGACGCUCGAUCGCCUUGACUCCCAGUAACGGCAGCUUUGCGAGCCCUGCUGCUAGUGACAUUUUUGGAGCAAGUCCGAUGAAAUAAGCAGCGGUUGGCUAUCUAUGGCUUCUUGUUUCGGUCAUGCUUCUAUCUAUAUACCAUGAUUUGCUGUAUAUAAGCGAUCUAGAUCGAGAGACCUGUUACUGUCCCCAUUGGGCAUCAUGUUCAUUG